AGCAGAGAUACAAUACUGCUCACAUCGGCACACGGAAUUGUAUAGAAAGAGCAUUUGGAGUUUGGAAAAGGACGUUCCAUGUACUCCAUGGGGAGGUCACGCGAAUCGUGAUAGCCUGUGCCGUACUGCACAACUUGAGAUUGAUGUGGGGUGAACCAUCAUUGGAGCAAGAACAGCUGGAUGACGUACCACAAGGCGACAUGUUUCAAGCGGCAAAUGAUGGCAGAAGAGUUCGGAACACAAUUGUUGCCAAUUACUUUAUAUCGAGACCCCUGAUACUGAUCAACAAUAGAGACUAAUCAAGGACGACACUUUCCGCUUUUAUGGAAUUUUUUGUAAAAAGGAGAUGAAAUGUUAACAAUGAGGGUCAAUGCUUUGCAGAACAGAGGUCAACCAGAAAGGUCAGCAUGUUUGACCUUGUAACAGUAGACGAUGUCAGACAAGCAUUAUCACCAUAGCAAUAAGAAGAAAAGACAGAAGCGGUCCAAAGAGGCCUACCAAGAGAGUGACUUUUACAAGGGAGUACACGGGAUCCUGGAGCCUGCAGUCCAGCAUGUGCAGACCCUACAGCUCCCUAUACUGAUCCCUAGAGCUGUUUUCCCUGGGCAGAAGAGCUUUCUCAGUGAUGUGGAGUUUCAACAGAGUAGGAAGAGCCCCACCCAUGCCAGCACUCACAGGCUCCACCGCUCAAAACAGGGCCCUGAGGGUCAGUCGCUCGGUCAGUCACUGGGUCAGUCGCUGGGUCACGGCCAGACGGUGAACAGUGGCCCUCAGCCUCCUGCUAUCGCCCCCCAAUCCUCACUACAGCAGAACAACCACAUCUCAACACACAAGAGCCGGGACCAAGGUGGGGACUCUGGCAAACAUCACAAGAAUGGGCUGGUGCAUCAAGAGGGCAAGCUGGUGGCAGCCGUCGCCCCAACCACCACGCUUCCCCAGCUCAACCAGUCUGAGCACCACCACCGGCGCCACAAGGAGGGAAACGAGGGGUCAACGCUACCCUCUCUUGGAAAGCCCGAGUCACGCCAGAACACGUACUCCACCAUUGGGACGCCCGAGAGGAGCAAGCAGGACCAAUAUGGCAAUAAACUGCCCAUGACCCCGGCAGAGGCAUUAAAGCUCUAUAGAGGAAAGUUAACAACAUUUGAGCAGACAGAGAUUCUGGAUUACCCGGAGAUCUGGUUCCUGGGUUUGGAGGCCAAGAAAAUAGAGGGGGAACCAGGAAGUGCUCAGAACAAUGGGUACGAUGAUGAAAAUGGAUCAUACAUAAAGGUGCUGAACGAUCAUCUAGUCUACCGCUAUGAGAUUUUCGAGGUGCUUGGCAAGGGAUCCUUUGGGCAGGUGGUGAAGGCAUACGAUUAUAAGACUGACCAAAUGGUAGCCAUCAAACUUAUCAGAAAUAAGAAAAGGUUCCACCACCAGGCGCUGGUGGAGGUGAAGAUUCUGGACGCGUUGCGCAGGAAGGACAAGGACAACCAGUUCAACAUCAUCCACAUGGGAGAAUACUUCUACUUCCGCAACCACCUCUGUAUCACCUUCGAACUCAUGGGGAUGAACCUAUAUGAGUUGAUAAAGAAGAACAACUUCCAGGGAUUCUCCAUCGCGCUCAUCCGCAGGUUUGCGUUCUCACUUCUACAGUGCCUCAAGCUGCUCCAGAGGGAGAAAAUCAUCCACUGUGAUCUCAAGCCUGAAAACAUACUACUGCGACAGCGUGGUCAGAGCUCAAUCAAAGUGAUAGACUUUGGGUCCAGUUGUUAUGAACAUCAAAGAGUGUACACCUACAUACAGAGCCGGUUCUACCGGUCCCCAGAGGUGAUCCUAGGUCUGCCCUACUCCAUGCCCAUAGAUAUGUGGAGCUUUGGCUGCAUAUUGGCAGAGCUGUACACAGGCUACCCCCUGUUUCCUGGAGAGAAUGAGGUGGAGCAGUUAGCCUGUAUCAUGGAGAUCCUGGGACUCCCCUCAACCAUGGUGCUGGAACAGGCUACUAGAAGGAGACUGUUCUUUGAUUCCAAGGGCAACCCCCGGUGUAUCACCAAUAGUAAAGGCAAGAGGAGACGGGUCUCCUCCAAGGAUCUGCAGCAAGCCAUCAAAACCAGCGACGCUAAUUUCCUGGACUUCAUCAGGAGAUGCCUAGACUGGGAUCCCACAACAAGGCUGUCCCCUGAGGAAGCCCUGCAGCAUGAAUGGAUCAAGGAUGGACUCGUUUCCAAGAAGAGGGACCAGUCCAAACAUGGGUCCUCAAAGAAUGAGCCCAAGUCUGCAGCCAGUGAUCACUCUACAGAUCCUUACAAAACUCCUGCACAACCCCCUCAUAAAGAGAAGUCAAAGACUGAUGAGUGGAUGUUAAACCUGAAGGAGCGUCGCAGUGGAAAGAAGGAAGAGAGAGUUCCCCCCGUGGGGGCCUCUGCAGAGCAGAGCCACGAUGAAAUCAAGACACAUAGAGCGCCAAGUGCUAAGUCUGUUAAGGGAGGUAGGAAGGCUGCAAGCCAGGACUCGGAGGACGUGCAGAUCACUAGACUCAACCUGCAAGGGGUGCACAGCUCACAUCCAGCACACGGCGCUCACAUGCCGCUCAGUGCUAAACAGGAGAUAGACGUGGGCAGUCUGCCGCCCAUAGCAAAAUAGGGCUCCAUUUGAUUCAUGAUGCAGUCUAACAUUACUGUGCUAUAUUUGCCUACGUUUGCCACUGGAAGGGAGAAAAUCUUGCAUGUAUAUCUACCAUAAGUCUGCAGCCUAUAGCAAAAUAGUCUUACAUUUUAUUGAGCCUUGUUUUGGGAAUACUGGGUUUAUAAUGCAUGAGCAAAGAAUAUUAGAAGCACAACUGGGUUUAUAAUGCAUGAGCAAAGAAUGUCGGCAGCACAACUGGGUUUAUAAUGCAUGAGCAAAGAAUGUCAGCAGCACAACUGGGUUUAUAAUGCAUGAGCAAAGAAUGUCAGCAGCACAACUGGGUUUAUAAUGCAUGAGCAAAGAAUGUCAGCAGCACAACUGGGUUUAUAAUGCAUGAGCAAAGAAUGUCAGCAGCACAACUGGGUUUAUAAUGCAUGAGCAAAGAAUGUCAGCAGCACAACUGGGUUUAUAAUGCAUGAGCAAAGAAUGUCAGCAGCACAACUGGGUUUAUAAUGCAUGAGCAAAGAAUGUCAGCAGCACAACUGGGUUUAUAAUGCAUGAGCAAAGAAUGUCAGCAGCACAACUGGGUUUAUAAUGCAUGAGCAAAGAAUGUCAGCAGCACAACUGGGUUUAUAAUGCAUGAGCAAAGAAUAUCAGCAGCACAACUGGGUUUAUAAUGCAUGAGCAAAGAAUGUCGGUAGCACAACUGGGUUUAUAAUGCAUGAGCAAAGAAUGUCAGCAGCACAACUGGGUUUAUAAUGCAUGAGCAAAGAAUAUCAGCAGCACAACUGGGUUUAUAAUGCAUGAGCAAAGAAUGUCAGCAGCACAACUGGGUUUAUAAUGCAUGAGCAAAGAAUAUUAGCAGCACAACUGGGUUUAUAAUGCAUGAGCAAAGAAUAUUAGCAGCACAACUGGGUUUAUAAUGCAUGAGCAAAGAAUGUCAGCAGCACAACUGGGUUUAUAUGCAUGAGCAAAGAAUAUUAGCAGCACAACUGGGUUUAUAAUGCAUGAGCAAAGAAUAUUAGCAGCACAUGCUAAUCAGGGACAACACUUUCUGUCUAGACUGAAAUUUUCUAAGAAUUCCUUUGAAUGAAAAAUUCCUUGUAAAAGCAAAGUAUCAUCCCUUAUCAGUGUUUGCAGACUAUACAGGCUAACAUGGGCUGACCCUUUCAAGCAAAUGCAAUAAGCCAAGUUUUCCCAGAACACAGCUUGAUUUAUAAUGCAGUUGGUCUAACAUGUCUGUGCUAAAGUUGUCUUAGUUUGCCACUGGUAGGGAGAUAAUCUUGCAUAUAUCUCAAAUUUAUUGCAAACUACUUUUAAGUCUGCUUCCAUUAGGCCUUUUUAAAACAAAAUAAUGUACUGUUAUGUGCUGUGGUAUUAUUAGCUCAAUAAAGUGGCAUUGACAAUCAUGUUGCCAAUUACAUAUCAUGCGGAAAUUUAAGCCAAGGUAUGAUGUUACUUCUUGCUAUGAUAAACUUCAGUUUUAUAACUGAAAUAUAAACUGUUGUUUAAUAUGUUGAAGUACUACUGGCGUUUAUGAAACAGUAUUACCUGAACUGUUUUAUACAGUUUAGAAUAAAAAUGUAUGAGAGUAUUGUACAGAUAAGUCAUAUAAAUGUGAUAUUUUGAUAUUAUUUACUUGUCGGUGAUUACUGUAAGUAAUAUCGUUAAAUUUCUGUUACAGUUAUUUAUAUCAUGUGCAUGAGUUGUUUUGUCGAUUUCUGAUGUAAAUUGAAUGGCAUUUUUGUGCAAAAAAAUGGGUUUUAUGCUAUAUUAGGCCAGCAUGGCUCCAGACUAGCCUGUGCAUAAAGUAAUGCAAGGUUUUGUGGUCUCAGCGGACAUUUAACUCUUUCAGUGCUGGAACCGAAUUUUGAAGGCCUUUGCAAACAGUUUGGAUCCAGAUGAGACGCCACAAAACGUGGCAUCUCAUCAGGAUACAAACUGUUUGCUAUUCUGAUAGUAUUCUUUGAAAAAAAAAUCAAAGAAAAUGCUAAUUUUAGAAAUUCAGCAGACUACAUUUUAGCAGACGACAAAUUUCCCAGAAUGCAAAGGGUUAAGCUCCCAAGCAGACUGUGUUCAUCCCAGACUAGUUUUGAGCCGCAUCUGUGGCAUAUAGCAUAAGCCCCAUUUCUGCAUGACGCUGCUUUACGUUAGUCUUCAGAAUGAUGUAUCGGACAUAAUGCAGUCUACCUCAGCCCUGCUGCACUUAAGUCUGUCAUACUCAGGAAUAACAAUUUAAAACACACAAAUUAACAAUCAAAACACUUAUUAAUUAAGAAAAUUUAGUAUGUGUGAAACAUAUAUUUUGAAAUGAAAAUGACAUCACUGAAAAUAUAAGCUUUUAUAAUUUAACAUGUUAUUUUCGAAUGAAUUAUUUUUUACUUCAUCUUUGUGCUUGGAAUAAGUGUGAUUUCAUAGUAAAAUAUUUUAAAUUUUUAAAAAUAUAUGUAUUACAAAUAAGUAAAUUCUUGCUCAUCACUUAUUUUUGAAUUUGUCACUUAAGGUCAAGGAUUUGUUUUAUCUCCAUUGGAAAUGCUGAUAUAUAUAAUUGUUCUAAAUGAGAUCCCAUUAAAGGAUAUUUUUUUAUGUAAUUUCCUGUCAUUUCUAAACCGUGUCAUAGUUCUAUGGCAUAUUUAAGCUUGACAUUCUUUUGCUGUCAUAAAAAAGCAUCCUUGAAUUAAUUAUAGUACCAUCAUUGAGCACUGUGUGUAUGCUUGUAUUAUACCAUUAUAAUUGUAUGCAAUAUUGGCAAGAACUUUCAAAUUAAGUGCCUUUGAAGACAUGUCCGAUAAAUACAUGAACAUUCCAGCCUGUUUUAAAAGAUGUUAUGUUUUGUUGGUCUUGUUGUUAUUUUGAACCAUCUUUUCCGCAAAACGUCUGAAGUAGUUUUUCUUCAAUAUUUUUUUCUGAAGUGGUCACUUAAAAAAAUAAUUUAUCACAAAAGUCUGACAUUGCCUGAUAUUUGCAAAAUAAUAUCCUUUAGAUGCAAUUUUAUACAGUUAUGUUGAUCUGAACUUUCUUUAUAUGAAGUAAUGCAAUUAACUCUUUCAGUGCUGGAACCGAAUUUUGAAGCCCUUUGCAAACAGUUUGGAUCCAGAUGAGACGCCACAAAACGUGGUGUCUCAUCAGGAUCCAAACUGUUUGCUAUUCUGAUAGUAUUCUUUGAAAAAAAAUCAAAGAAAAUGCUAGUUUUAGAAAUUUAGCAGACGACAAAUUUCCCAGAAUGCAAAGGGUUAAUACAAUUGGCACUAUUAGGCUGUGAAUUAAGUUUUUUUCUCAAACAUUAUGCUUGUUUUUCAAUGCCAGGUUAGGUGCUGACCAUGUUCAUUUGUUUGUAUCAGGCCAGCUAGGUUUCAUGAUCCAGCCAUAAAAAUCAAUCUUUCAAAAUAAACUCAAAAUGAGGCCUUAAAACAUAACAAAAUGAUGUUAUUAACUCAUUAAUGCCUAGCGUCUAGAAAAAAGGCCUUGGCAAACAGCGUAGACCCAGAAGAGACGCCGCAUGAUACAGCGUCUCAUCAGGGUCUGUGCUGUUUGCUUAAAGGAAUUUCUGCAACAAAUAUUCUUAAUAUAGAAAUUAAUGUACUAGACGUCCCUAAUUUUUAAAAUAAAUUGAUCUGAUUUAGACAGAUGGGAGAGUCCACUAGGCUUAAAUGGGUUAAACACAUCAAAGCUAAUUCUUGUUGUGUAAUUUGUUAAUGCUUGGAAAAGAACUAUACUUGGUUAGAUAAAUGUGUCAAAUGGUUUCUUACUGACUGUGUAUUGUCUUAUACGAGGAAAUAAAUUCAUAUGUGACUGAAGCUGUGCGCUAGGUCAAUAAAAACUUAUUGACGUUUAAUCACACAAUACAGGGUCACUUUUAAGUUAUGCAAGUAAUAAUCUGAUGAUGCCUUGUGAAAACCACCUCAUAUUGUGACCAUUUGUAAAAUAAUGUGUGCGGCUGUCUCACAAUGUUAUGCAUUUAUUGAAAAUAUGUACAUUUAAGAUGAUGUGAGUCGCGUUCUGAGAAAACUGGGCAUAAUGCAUGUGCGUAAAGUUUCGUCCCAGAUUAGCCUGUGAAGUCCGUACAGGCUAAUCAGGGACGACACUUUCCGCUAAAAUUGGAUUUUUGCAAGAAGAGACUUCAUUUAAACGAAAAAAUGUAAUAAAAACGGAAAGUGUCGUCCCUAAUUAGCCUGUGCGGACUGCACAGGCUAAUCUGGGACGACACUUUACGCACAUGCAUUAUGCCCAGUUUUUUCAGAACACGACUCAUAUAUUAAGCUCUUUUGAAUUUGACUUGAUCUGAUAGUUUUGCAUUUAUUUGUACAUACUUCGUUAAAUACCUCUAUGUUUUUUCUUUUUAAGUAAUAUCAAAAAAGAUGUGUGAAAUGUGUAUAUAUUUAUUUAAAUAAUAAAUGUUUGUGUUUUUAUGAAAUCCAUUGUUUAAGACUGUAUUUUAAUAGUCUGCAAAAAGUGCCUGCAUUUCUUACAAAAUAAUUGUUAGCAUGGACACAUCAUGAAUCAGUAUUUAUAUUGGGCAGCAUUGAAGUACAAUACAUUUUUUGCGAAGAUACAUGAAUUACAAUUUAUUUUUGCAUAACAAAAUUGAUUCUUAUGAUGUUCUAUAUGACAAGUUAAAUUGCUCAAAUGUUAUGUUGUUAAUGUUAAAAUUCUUAGUUUGUGAAUAUCUAAGUCAUUAGUACCAAUAAGUAUUUAGAAUUAGCUCAGCUAAGCAUUUUAUUUGGUCAGUUUGAAAUGUGUAUUCUUAUACAAACACAUAUUUUAGUUGAUAAAUAAAUCAAACUGUAUAGUUUUAUAAUUAAUAAAUUACACUUAUUAAUUAUUAAUGAAUGAAUGUUUUAUAAAACAUUUUAAGCAAGCAUCAUCAAGAUAGAAACACAAAACUGGUCAUCAUUUGUUGCUAACAGGUGUUCCUAUAUAUCUUGAAGGGAAUUUGUGUUUUUGUUCAAAUAUUCUUGUUCUAUACAUAUUUUUUAGCGUAUAUUGCUCAUUCGUGAACGGAUUUGACAGUAAUUUCAAUAUGUUUGUUGUUUGAACAAAGGUAUACAAAAUCCUUUUAAAUGAAGUAUUUCAUUUGUGAAAUCUAAUAUAACAUUGUUGCCUCUGUUUGGACUUAGCAUAUGUUGCUGUGUGAAUUUUGAUAAAUAAUUGUUCCUUAAUUUUAAUUUAUUUUAAACAAUGUUUUAAGAAUAAAUCUCAAUGAGUAACUUUACUCUCUUGUAUAGUUUUAUCGUCGUCAUAUAUUUUAUGCUAGUUUUUAAGUUGAAUGCAUUAUUUACUUUCACUAAAUGUCGUUUGUAAUGGACAUGGGUAGUUAAGUGUUUAAACUGAAGGUUUUACAUCAUGACCUAUUUCUGUUAGCUAAAUUUGCAUUUUAAAGGAUUUCAUGUUAUUGUCAUACAUGUUAUGUUUUAUUUAUUUCAGUAUUAUGUUGAUGUUUGUUUUAAAUGAACACUGCAUUUUAAUGUUGAAUAUGUUAACGAUUUGUAUUACAAUGCAGAUAAUUGUA